UUAAUUAGGUUUACGUUUGGUUCAGAGUAAAUGUUAAGUUUAGCCAUUUGUUUUAGAUUCUUAGGUUUAAGGUGAGAGGCUGGGGAAAGCAUGAAAGUCAAUGACAUGUCCCCACAAAAAACUGGAAAUCACCUACUUGAACAUACUCUGGUUUUAUAUUUGUGUUGCUGAAACUAGACGGUAUGAGGGUUGCAUUAAUUCAGACAUUACAAUGGAGAUGCAGCUGACUAUGAAGAUAAGACCUCUUUAGUUCUAGCAGGGUCAGGACCUGUUUUGAUGCACAUUCCACUGCAUCUUGACUCAUAACAGAUCUCAUAACAACAUCUCAGAUGAACUUUCAUGUUUCAUCAGUGACUGAGAUUCCAUUGGUACGACUCCGUGUGACGCUCCGUGGCUUUAGUUUGACCCAAGUUUAUUUAUGAUUCCUGUUACUUGAGAGCCCCGAGGCCUCGAGUAAACAUGCUGAAGUUAACCACUGUCGCAUCGUUACACUGAUGAGGAUCAGCGCAGUGAUGGGACGCACUGAAGUGAGUCAGGAGGGAAGCGUAAGUUCUGGGCUCCAAAGUCUCUCCUUGUCAGCUCCGUAACACUCUCGAUACCUGAUCCUGAAAAAGACUGGAUCAGUGACUGACGCUGUGGUGGGAUGAUCCCACUUGCACGGUCGGCCUCAAGAUGCAACUCACAGAAGCAAACAGGCUUCCAUCCACACUCCCAUUUCUUAUGCAACCACCCUUUGAUGUCUAACGGAUGGCCGCGUAUUAAAAGGUCCGAAUAAGAUGUAGAUUUUCAUCAUCGUCACACUAAUGUGGGGGAAAUUUGGGCCUGCUCUUUCAUGGAGAACUGCUUUUCAUGUGGGGGUGUGUGACGUUGGCGGCUCACGUCAGGUCCUGGAGAUUGGUCUGUAGUCGGACUAAAUCAGCGGAAAUCUUAAUAUAGCUGCAAAUUAGGAAAGAAAGUAGUUCUCCUAUCGGCACAUUCAGGAGAACUGAUAAUCAGCUUUAAAGGAGGCUCUUUCUGCAUAGUUCCUGAUGAUCUAUUCGUUGAUUACGUGUAAUCGAUUCUGUAAUUUUGGCAGAGAGGUGAUGUUUCAGCGGGAAGCAUCAAAUGUUCAGGCUGUAUUUAUUAAAGCCCUUCCAAUAAAAUGAUAACAUAACGGCGUGACAGCAUAGCGGUUACAUUGAUAAGAUGGAUGACCUCAACAUGGAGCUAGUUUUUAGUGAAACCCUGGUGAUCACCUGGAGGCGACGCUUUCCAACUCAUGAACAAUGACAACACUGCCGUGUCAUCACACACAGUUAUUUUUAGAUGGAGCGGGAUGGCAAUGAGAGGAGGAGGAAAUUAGAUUAUAAGAAGAGAGGGUGGGAUCGUACAGAAAGGGGACGUGUUCGUGGACGCAUGUGGAUGAAGACCCCUAUCGUGAAGAGGAGCAGUCGGCUAAACACAGCGGUCCAUCAGAGAGCAGCGGGGAACCCACCGAACAUUUGUACGAGCCCAGAGGAGGAGUGGCUGACUUACCGUCAACUUCAGACAGCAGUGGCAGAAAUGGCGACCAUGCGAAGUGUGUGUGUGAGUCCGUGUCUGCUGCUCCUCCUGCUGUGUUGUGUGGCAGCCCACAGAGUCAACGCUGUGCUGACCAAAUCUGAUGAAGACACCAAGCGUGACAUGCUGGCCAUCGAUAUCCUGAACCACAGCGGUGUGUUGAACUCAUUGCUCCAGUCAGAGCGUCGCACCAUGCUCCGGAGCGUUCGGGCUCCUCGUCCGCUCGCUCAGGUGCCCAAGAGAGCUCAGCAAGGGUCUCGCUUUGCCCUCUCCCUCGAUGUCCCCACCAGCAUCCUGAGUGUCCUCAUUGAUCUGGCCAAGAACCAGGACAUGAGGACCAAAGCUGCAGCCAAUGCGGAACUGAUGGCACGGAUCGGCAAACGCAAAUAACUGUGAGCAGGAAGGCCCACACCCAUUUCAACUGCAAAUAAACCCACAGAUUCACAGUGUACAAACUUCUGGCGGCUUUCUCUUGGUUCUGAAAUGUCUUGGUGUUUGCAUGAGUUCAGUUUAACCCACAUGGACAAUAAUAUCCUAUUCUUCAAGUCCACGUUAGUCACACGUUGCAGUUAUUAGCAUCACAUGCAGCACAAAUGAGCGUCACAGCCGCGUGAGUGGAUGAGAGAUUAGAUGACAACGCACAAGCAGGAUAUUGACCUCUGUCCAAACAACAGACUUUUUCUGUGAAACUCUCU